GCAAGAUGGCAGCACACGUGGAGCAAGAUGUUGUCAAAUUAAUCGCCUCUCUAAAAGGACUCUCAGAUCAAGUGUCAGGUGUAACAGCCAGUGUGCAGACUCUACUGAAGAAAGUAGAAGAUGGAGAAGUAUCUACAUCCAAAGGAAUCAGCUUCCUGGAAGUCAAAUACCAUCUACUUCUAAGCUACUUAAUGAAUGUGACGUGCGUCAUGAUGCGGAAGACUGAGGGUCGUAAGCUAAGCGGCAACCCAUCCAUUGAGCACCUGGUUGAGAUCAGAACAGUUCUAGAGCGCAUGAGACCGAUUGAUCAGAAGCUACAUUACCAGGUUGAUAAGCUCGUUAAGACGGCAGCUACAGGAACAAUCGCUGAAAAUGAUCCACUUAGAUAUAAACCAAAUCCCGGCAAUCUGCUUAGCAAGCUCGAUGAGGAAGAUGCAGAAGACAGUUCAGACGAUGAUGAAGUCGCAAAACCAAAGAAGUAUGUGCCUCCAAAAGUGGUUGCCAUGCAUUACGAUGGUGAUGAGACGGUGAAGCAGAGGCAGGAGAAGCAUCUUGAGAAAGCUAAGAAGAGAGCCCUGAGCAGUGCUCUCAUGCAAGAACUCAGACAGGAAUACUUUGAUGGCCCAGAGGAGGUUCGGGAGGGCACUCAUUUACACAGACUGAAAGAUGAUAAUGAAGCCAGACAUAAACGAGAAUAUGAAGAGGAGAACUUUGUUCGUCUUCAAGUAACCAAGAAGGAAAAGCAAGCCCAGCGGAGACUAACUACGACCUCUAGUCUGAAGUCUCUGACCCGAUUUGAUGACAUCAGCAUUUUGGAUCAGUCACAUGAGGACAUGCCCACCAAGAAGAAGCGGAAGUUACCAAGCAAGCUUCGUAAGAAAUUGCAGAAGAGUGCAGCAAAGAAGAGGAAACGGAAUUACUGAAGACCCUAGAGGGACUGUGAAGAUG